CCUUACUGGGCAUGCGCAGUAGAUCCUGGCAACCGACCCAAACAUCCAACAUGGCGGCAACUCAAACAGAUUUGAGCACGAUUUAGAGCAAAUUUUUACUUUCAAGAUCUUUAAAAGUACACCACAGGACUGAAAUAUGCCCCCGAAGAGAGCUAAGAGUGGGGGUGGGUCCGCUGGACUGGCAAAAUGGGAGCAGGCCCUCUUGGAAGCCCAGUUUGAAGAGGAAGAAUGGAAGCCAAACGUUACGCUUGUUGUGGGAAACAAGAUGGAGGACUAUCGACACGUGGACGCCCUCCACGCGGUCGUGGCUAUCCCUCAGCGGAAACUCUACAGUACCGUCUCCAAGGCUGACCUCUUUGAACAGGUAAAGGAACUUGGCAAUCCAAAGGCCAAGAAGGGAAAGGAGACCCCACAGUUCUAUGAGAUCUGUGAGUCAGUGAAGCCCAUGUUAGAUGAAGGUCUGGAGGUGCCCAUACUGGUCCUGGCCAAACUACUCAAGUUCAAGCUGCUAGACAUCAAGGCCAACGACCUCAAGAGGCGAGAGGCUGAGAAAAAGGCUGCAGAAGACAAGGCCAAGGGUAAGACGCCAGGUAAGGAUGGGAAGAGGCCCCGGAGUAAGUCUCCUGCCAAAGGGAAGGGGAAGAAGACCCCAGAACCUCCCGCCGUCAAGAAGGACACCAAGCUGAAAAGGAGAGGGGAGGAAGAUGAGGAGAACAAAUACAUAGAUGAUGAGCCAGAUGACGGCCCGCAGCACUACGUGUUAGUGCACGGUUUCCACCAGCCACAGCUGGUCAUGGCGCUGGCAGACGUUGGAGUCAACGUGGACAGUCUCCUCAAAAUCACAUCCGAGGACUAUACCAUCUUCCAAACCCCUGAGUCAGGGGCAGGGGAGGCCUCACCAAGGGAGGAGCAGAAAAAAGAUGAACAGGUGGAUCCUGCAGCAGGUGCACAGGAAGCGCAACAAGACCUGGAGAGGCAGCAGCAGCAGAAGGCGGAGGAGGAGCUGCAGCGGUUCUGGAAGUUCCUGGACCCGGUGCUGCGGCGCGCGCCGGCGGGGUCACGGCUACACGACAUGGCGCGGCUGGAGUACGUGGUGGUCAACACACUCCACCCGUCGGACUGGGAGGACGCUGAUAAGAAGCUUGCGUUUGGCACGGCUGUGUUUGAGGACGUUGCCUGUAAGAUCUAUGACAUGUAUGACUGGAAGCGUCAGUUCCAACACUACCUGAGCAACAUGAAGCUGCUACAUGUACCCCUGCAUGGAGAGGCACCACCUGUACCUGCACAGCCUACAGACUCAAAGUUGUCCGCCCAGGCUCCAACUCCAGGCAUCCCAGAGCUGGAUGUACCAGCGGGGCCCCCUGACGUCGACAUGCGGUACUACAACGAGCUGAUGAAUGCUGUACCACAGGAGAGUGUCAGCAUCCCUCUCCUCAUGCACUGUAUGCUGGAGCAGGUGAGUGCGACAGAAGAGGACCGUGAGCCGCCCAGCGAGCGCCCUGUUCCCCCCAGACAGGACGGCGUGGACCCUCGUCUGGCCUCACACAUGAGCGGAGCGGCCGUCAAACUCGCACUGUCAGCAGAGGAACAAAUGGCUCUGGACGGUGACCUGGACUUCGCAGCCAAACCUCCAGAAGACAAGACGGCGCAGCGCCCCCUGCUGCUGCAGCACGGGGACUGCGUGGCCCUGCGGACACACCACCUGAAGCCGGUGGACGGGUUCGACCCCCAGGGGGAGGAGCUGAGGAUGGUGGGGCUGCUCCCCGUGGCCAGGCUGUGUGAACUCCCCCCGCCCUCCACACGCAUCAGUAAGGAACGCGCCGCACGCCUGCAGGAACUACUGCACUUCUGUGCUACUGGUAACUUGAGUCUCUCAGAGAUUGACCGUGCCUUCAAACAGUUUGUGUUUGAGAGUAUGGUAGGCAGCACCACUGACCGGAGUGGGAAGGUCCUGGAGCCCCCUCUAGCAGACGAGGACGGUACUGAACCUGAGGUGGAACUGGAUGUGCCCUGGGAUGACCCAUUCCCCUUCUACCAGGAGCUGAAGAGGAGUGGACUCCUCAAGGCAAAGAAGAAACCACAGGAAGAAGAGAAAAGCAAGACAACAGAGGCUGAGCCUGACAAGCAGGGCACCCCUCAGCCAGGCACACCCCUGGAAGAGGAAGGGGGGCAGGAGGAGGGAGGGGGGUCGCAGGCUGGCAGCAGGCCCACCAGUGGCAGGUCCAGGUCCCGACCCACAUCUGCAAGACAGGGGUCUGCAGCCUCCAACAAGUCUGACAAGGAGGGACAAAAGCCAGAUGAAAACAAAGUACAAGAAGAGGAAGAAUCAAAAGAAGCUGAACAGAAGGCACAAGAAGAAGAAGAAGAGGACCAGACAGAUCAUGUGACAGUGAAUCUGAUAGAAGCCACACAGAAGCGUCAGCUGGACGACUGGUGCUUCGCAGAACACUUUGAACCCGAGGUUCUAAUCCAGGUUCUGGAUGAAGCCAAGUUCAAGUACUCCCACAUGGACAGUUACUACCACAAGAGAGACCACUCCAUGAUGAUGGUGUUCCACAACCCUCUGGGACCAGACCUGCACAACCACACAGCCUGGAACACUUACCUACACUCUGAUGUGGGAUUCAGGUUAGACAACCACACAGCCUGGAACACAUACCUACACUCUGAUGUCAGAUUCAGGUUAGACAACCACACAGCCUGGAACACAUACCCCCCAUUCGGAUGUAUUAAAGCCAUUCUAAGGAGAAAAUACAUGUUGGAAUGAAUUUUCAUGAUGGCUCUGCCUUCAUUUAUAGAAAAUAUGCAUUUGAAUCAAUUUUAGUCAUUUAAUCACAUUUUACAAUGCAGGAACUACCUGGAACAUGUGACAGAGAACAUCUCAGACUGGGUUCGCGUGGAGGAAGCGAAGUUCCAGGCGGAGUUACUGGCCAAGGAGCUGGCUCUGCAGAAGACUCCUGUCACAACUCCUGACACCUCACGACCCUCCAGCUCCAAGAGCCAGAGGAAGAGGUCCCAGUCACCCAAGAAGAAGUCCAGGUCCCCUUCAGGUAAGAGGUCAAAGCGGGGGUCUGCAAAGUCCCCAGAGAGACCAUCGUCUGCGGCGAGACCGCUACACGUUAGAGAGAACUCACUGAAGGCCUGGAAGGAAGAACAGGACAUCCUUAAAGCUGAGGAGGAGAGAAAGGCGAGAGAGAAGGAGGAGAAAAGGGCCAAGUCUGCCAGCAAGAAGGCUAGUCGAGAACGAGGCAGCUCAGCAGGCAGUGCCAAGAGCAAGAGCAGGGAGAAGACGUCUGACAAGAAGUCUCGAGAAGACAAGGAAGACAAGGAGAAGGCACAGGAGCAGGUGCCUGAGAUACAGGAACCUACAGAACCUGAAGUCAUCUUACCUUUUACAGGUUACGACGUCGGAAACGAGCUGAUCCAUGCAGCAGGAGAGUCGGUUACGUUGUUCCCGUGUGACGGUGGAAUCAUCAGGACUGAGAAAACUGCUUUUGUGCAAGAUGGCAUUGCUGUGAGGACGUCAGUGCUGAAGGAUGGCCACCUGUUUGUGAUCCACAUCCUGGACCCCAGGCAGAAGGAAGAUGCAGAGACUGCCGGGGAGGAAUCCGUCAAGGAAAAGGCAGAACUGGAGAAGUCUGAGAAAGAAGAAGGCACCCAGUCGCCUCGUGCUGCCUCCCCAGAUAAGAAGGAGGAGGUCCCUGCCCCCCUGUCCAGGUUCGGCUCCUUCACAGCUGUCCUGAACGACGGCAUGUGUCUGUCUCUCAGUAACCAUGGACCCAGCGGCAAACCCAAAAUGCCAGAUGAUUUGUCAGCGAAGGAGGUUGACAUCAUGACCAACAUCCCCCCAGCCUCUACCCCGACCCCUCCACCCCCCUCCCCCACCAGAGCCAAGUCCCCGCGGGCCAAGUCCCCCAAGGGCAAACCCAAGUCUCCCAAGGGGAAGAGGAAGGAGGCACAGGUCGAGGAGAAACCACCAGAACCGGAGGAGCCCCCAGCGGAGCCUGAGGAGCCUGAAGAAGCGCCCAUCCCCCCCUUCCAGCAGCUGUUUGUGUCCUGUCCAGAUGGACUCAACAUUCGCUACUUUCUGGAGAAGGACAUAGGCAUCAAGCCUGAGACGGUUGCGGAGAUAGGUCGCUCCAGGCUGCUGGUGCGUCAGACGUACCCGUUCAAGACGCGUGGGCUGCAGAAGGUGGAGGAACUGCGCAAGAAGCCGGCCAUGCAGGAGGUGUCGCGGUGUGUCAACAGUGACGGCACUGUGGUGAAGGUCUUACACAACGGCAGCACACAGGUUCUGUUUGCUGAUGGGACUAUCAGUGAGAACCCCGGGGCAGGGCCAAUCGGACCCUACGGCAGCAGGAGCAACUCCCCCUCCCGACCCCCCCAGUCCCCCACCCAGGAACCCCCUGAGGACGGCAAAGAGACACCAUCCAAGAUGAAGAAAGCUGCUAAGGGUGCGAGGAAGUCCAUCACCACGCUACAGGAGCCAGAGCCAGUUGUUGUAGCUCCGCCUGUGGACGAGAAAGCCAACCAGUGGGUCACCACCUCGCCCAGCGGGGAGCGGGUGGCCACGAAAGGCGACGGAACACCGUUUGACGUGAAGGCGGCUCUGUUGUGCCAGGCCAGCGAUCCGGAAUCUGGCGCUGUUGUGGUGACCCGCGAGGACAAGGUGAUCAGCGUCCACCGGCCUGACGCCAGCGUGGUGGUGGAGCACUGCGACGGAACCAGGAUCACCACGUUCUACAAGGACGUCAUCCGCGCUUUGUCCGUGGAUGAGAACGAAACUGGUGAGAGUCCCCGUAUGGAGACCGCCCGUGUGAAGCACAUUAAAGUGGAGUGUGUGGGUUACGCCACUCUACUGUUCAACAGUCUGGACGGGUCCUGUAUGACUGUGUUUGGAAAUGGCUCCAGCCUCAUGACAAACCUCAACGGGACUUACCAGCUGUACCACAAAGACGGCGGUCGGCUGGACAUGGACGCGGACGGGACCACGGUGUACGCGCCGCGGCCUGACAACGACCUGGGGCGCGGCGGGGAGGAAGAGUUGGCGCUGGGGUCGUACCUGAUGAGACACACCACGAUGUGCUGUGAGAUGGUGGACAUGCAGGGCAACGUGUUCCAGGUGGCUGUGGACGGCACCACUUCAGUGAUCCGUGCUGGGCCGUAUGGAGAGGAGGAAGGGGAGGAGGAAGAGGGAGAGGAAGGAGGUUUCCCCAAGAAGAAGAAACUGAUCCAGUAUGGAGAACACUGUCCCAGGUUCUUCAUCAUCCAUGCCAACGGCAGUGGAACAGAGCUGCUCAGGCCCAAGGACGUAGCCGAGUACCUGUCCAUGGCGGCCAGGGAUCCCACGUGUGCCCUGAUCCAGGAUCCCCUCCCAGAGUACCCCGGCGUCACUGGGAUCACAGUCCUCAAGCCUCACACCAGCGGCAUCAGCCAAUCGUGGCUCAAGAAACUGGACGAGGAAGUCAUCAUGCCCAAGGGGUUGAAGUCGCGCGACUUGAAGACCAUGUCAGUGUCCGCGGAGAAGACUCCAGGGCCAUCGUUUGGGACUAACGUGGGGAAGGGGUUGAGCGUGGGGUCUGUGAUGUCAUCGCCCAGGCCUGAACCAGUCUUACACUGUCCCGACACGCUGGAGAUCAGACAGCUGGUGCAGUACAAACCUGUGAGUGAUGACCUGCGGAAGCGUCUGCAGCUGGGUCUGAAGGCGUACGCGGAGCACGUGUUGGAGCGGGAGCUGAGCAGCGCUGCCCUGAUGGUGCAGGACCCGCGCACGGAGGAGGAGAAGAUCCAUGCUGCCGACCUCGCCUCACAGACGAUUUUUGGACAUGAAGCUGAACACCGUGAGAGUGCAGACAAGAAAGUCACUGUGAUGGAGGGUGAUGUUACUACUGCGUAUGAAAAGGCUGUAGAAGUGCCUCCUCCCUCACCUCCUCCCACACCCAGGAACAAACGUACACAGGACGACUGGGACAGAGACAGACGAGAGCUUGCAGAGGAGCAGGAAGGUAGGAACGCCCUGAAGAACAAAGACGUGCCGCCGUACUUUGAAAGUGAGAUGGGGAAACACUUCCUCAUGAGCCAGGCUCCCGACAUGGACGCCCUGACCAGGGAGUUGGCACAUGACCCCCGGCGUGACGGGUCACAGGUCAUCCGCAGUAACCCCGACAGCCCCAUCAGUGUGGGGGAGAGUCCUCAGGGGUCCAGCGGUCAUCUAGUCAGGGUGCAAGAGACAUUUUCCACCACCCCUCCUGGAGAGAACACACCUGUCACCACCGAGGACUCACCAUCGCUUGGUUUGAGAGUCACCUCAACUACCCCCAAUCUCCGGCCUACAAACCCCACCCCAGCUCAUGCCAGUGGCACAGGGACCCCCACCCCCCUCAGGCCGAAAAACCCCACCCCACAUGCAGCUGGUGUUUCCAUCCCUGCCAGACCAGGGAACCCCACCCCCACCCAGGACUCCAACUCCCAGGGCAGUGUGCCGUCAGAGACCCCCUCUGCCUCCCUCUCUCUCCGCCCCACCACCAUACCUGAACACCCGGAGCUGGCAGCAGGUGGGAAAGAGAAUCUAGAGAAUUCUGGUCAGUUCACCUUGCGGUCCAACCAGCUGGCGUCGGCUGACGGUGAGCUGGUCACAACACGCAGUCUUCUGCUGGACGUUAACAACCAGCCGCGUAAGGACACCGUCCGCCUGCCUCGCGCCCUGGACGGCGGAAAACCCGGGUCCUUACCUAAUGAAAAGUUUUCUAUAGUUGAGGAGCCUGUACGUAGGAAGGUCCAGACAUCGUCAGUAGCAGGAGCCACAUCCAAGGGUGUGAGGCAGAUGGGAGCGUUGAGAGGGCUCAUGGCUGUGCCUGAGGAUGUAGACUUCGGUGUGCUGCGGGAGGGGAACACCUAUGUGUACACGGUGCAGCUGAAGAAUGUGGGCGUAGACAGCUGCAGGUUCAAGGUCAAACAGCCUCCGCCCUCCACGGGGCUCCGUGUGCUGUACAACCCUGGUCCUAUUGCGGCUGGCAUGAAGGCUGACCUGAGCCUGGAAAUCUACGCCAUCGCUGUGGGAGCGGAGGGGGAGAAGGGAGUCGGGCAGAUCGCCCAUCACAUCGAAAUCACCACGGAGACAGACCUCAUGUACCUUCCCGUCACUGCAACUAUCCUAACCGCCGCGGAGCAUGAUAACCGCAGUCUGGGGAGCCCGCGGGGAGGGAAGAAUCCCGCAGCGAAACUCAUCUCCACAAAACCCCCGUCCGGACAGGGCAUCCUGCGGCCGCGACGGGACAUUCUGAUUGAAGGACUUCCUUCCAUGGGCUGAGCACUCAGAGAGAAGCAUGAUGACAUCCAAUUCUCUAUGCAACAUUUGAAUUCUCAUUUGGUGGUCUUUGUAGAUAAUUCCUGACCUUGUACUUUUAGUAUUUGGUGUUGAAGAUAUGGAGUGUAUAUAUUGAACAAUGGAAAAAAUUAUCACAUUCAAGUAUCUUGAAAACUAGCUGCCUUGUGAUAUGGUGUUUGGAUGAAAUUGAGAUGCUUUAUACUGUGUAUUAUAUAUUUGUAUUCACAUCUUGAAUAGUUGCC